AUGUUCUCGUCGGCAGAAAUUCGCUUGGAGGCUCGGCCGCUUGAAUGGCUGAGGGUGCGCGCUGGCUGGCUAGCUGCCACGAGUCCUCCCGGGGAGGGUUCCGGCAAGCUUCCACCCUGUAUUCCAGGCGAGCGAGUCCGGUCGAGAAAGACGACACCGGCAGAAAAAACGGCGCCGCGCACGGCGGCAGUCAGCGGGAAAUAUUCCGUGGCGAGCGAGAACGUACGCCUGAAAACGAGGGCGGCUUUCCCGGAGGACGGACGAGGUAAGGAAGGAAAGGGGAGAAAGGGAAGGGGCGGGGCAGUCUUCCGAGGGAGGGAGGGAGCGUAUGUCGGAAGCAUGGCUGGCAGCGGAGCACGGUGGGAGGAGCGGGACGGGGACGGGGCCGAGAGCCGAAACCUGUCGAGGCGCGCUGGUGGACGCGCAGACGGUAGCGGGAGCCGAGUAGAAUUCGAGUCGGGCUGUCUGUCUGUCAUCCCGUUCCGGGCCCGGCAGAUGACCGGAACGAGCUCUAUCGCAGCAGACUCGUACCGAGGGAUCGAGUGCGGAGGAGGAGGAGGAGCAGGAGCAGCAGGAGGAGGCUUGGUGCUGCAGCUGUGA